AUGACAACUCUAACUGCAUAUAACCAGGCGGUUAAUCCGUUGGCAUAUCUAGCAAGAUUGUCCGCGAGACACCCAAUAGAAGUUGUAAUGAUGUCGUUGUUGGUUUCAUCCAUCGCAUAUUUGUCUGUGAUGCAUUAUUAUUUCAAAGAAUGGGAGGUUAUAUUUAAAAAUACCGUAGAUCCUAUCGAUUUUGAUCAAAUUGGCUUAUUGAAAGAUUCUACACACUACUACCAUUCUAACAAGUUGAACGAUUGGAAAGGAUUAAGCUAUUCGGAACUGGAAACUUAUUCAAAUUUGAAACAUUAUUACGUGUACAAUUACACAUUCCAAGAUAAGACAACAAUAGAAACGACUCCCCAACUCUCUGGCAUUAUUUCAGAGACAAACUCUAGUGCAUGUAUUCUAACAGAUUCUCUUUUUCAACCUGACGAAUAUUUGGGCAUUAACAAUGAACUUGUCUGGGAGAUGGGGGCUACAAAGAAUUAUCUACGACAAUUAAAGAAUCAUAUAUUAACAUUUUUACACAGUAUCACCAUACAAAAUAAUUUGGAACAAACUGACAUCACUUUACUACUGGUCUCUUAUACCAUGGUCUUUGGAACAGUACUGGACUUGUUUCGACAAAUGAAGAAGAAAGGAUCACGGUUUUGGUUAUCCUUAACCACACUCAUAAAUUCUGCAUGUGCUUUCUUUCUCGCUUCCUUCACGAUGUUGUAUAUUAUGAAAAGACCAACAACAACUCUAGUACUAUUCCAAACAUUGCCAUUCUUUUUCGUAAUUGUAGGUUUUAGAGAUAAGAUAAAAUUUAGUGAUUAUGUUAUCAAGAGAUAUGGUACUUUAAAUAUAUCCAGGAGAAUUACAGUAGAUAAGAUAAUUCAUGAUGCGUUUGUUGAUGUCUCUUCACAAUUAAUCAGAUUUUAUCUUGGUCUAUCUAUUUUAGCUGUUUUCGCUAUUUUAUCAUUUAAAAACUCUACCCAAAUGGUUAAUUGUUUAGUAUUACUAAUAUUUAUUUUAUUUUAUGAUCUCCUCCUAACAGCAACUUUUUAUUCAUCAAUAUUAUGCUUAAAGUUGGAGAUAAAAAUUAUUAACAGAUCUACUAUGAUCAGACAAACAUUGGAAGAAGAAUGCAAUGUAACCAUUGAAUCGGAUGCAAUUGAUGAAAAGAUUGGUCUACAGAAACUUUCCUUUUUUAAAUCAAACGCAAUGAUACGCAUAGGUAAAUUAUCAAUUAUUUUUUUAUUAGUCGGUAUUAACAUAUAUAAUAUUAAUUUAAGGUGGACUUUUAAUACCGUUAAAUCUGUUCUUUUAAGUUUCCGUCCAACUGUUUUACCAGAAAUUUUACUUUCAAGUCAUAGUAACCAUUUACCAAUUCCAAAUAGAGACAUUAUAAUAUCGGUCCUCCCAACAUUCUAUUAUCAGUCAUUGAAAGAACAAACUAAUUCCGAAAAUAUAACAAUUUUAAUAUUUAAAACUCUGGGAUUUGCUAUUUCUGAUAAAUUUAUUAGUAAAGUUAUAUUUAUUAUUUGCCUAAUAAGUAUUACAACAAAUGUUUACUUGUUAAGAGUUGCAAAAAUUCAUUCUGAUGCCACCAUUUCACAGUUGAUUAGAAACAGAAAGGGGGCUAAAUUGGAUACUAUUAAUAAUAAUCCAUUAUCUCUUACACGAUCAUUACAUUCAUCAGAUUUUACAAAAACCUCAAGUCCAAAGACGUUUUCCCUCACCAUAAGUGAAGAUGAAAGUAGUACAAGUAGCGAGAGCGAAUCUUUGUCUCCAGCAGCAAGAACAUUAGAUAGUUGUGUCAAGUUGAUGAACGAAGGUAAGCUAAAAGAUUUACGAAACACUGAAAUCGCUAAUAUGGUUAUAGCAAAGAAACUACCUCUUUAUUCUUUAGAGAAAGCAUUAGAUGACCGACUAAGAGCCGUUAAGAUACGUCGAGAAGCAAUAUCUGCGUUGGCAAAGUCACCUUCCUUGAAUACAUCAAAUGUACCCUAUCAAGAUUACGAUUAUGAUCGUGUAUUUGGUUCCUGUUGUGAAAAUGUAGUUGGUUAUAUGCCUUUACCCCUAGGGGUAAUGGGGCCGCUACUCAUCGAUGGUAAGUCAUAUCAUAUCCCUAUGGCAACAACAGAAGGAUGUCUUGUAGCGUCUGCUACUCGGGGGUGUAAGGCAAUAAAUGCCGGUGGUGGGGCGAAUACUAUUCUCACAAGAGACGGCAUGACUAGAGGACCUUGUGUACGUUUCCCUUCACUAUUAAGAUCAGGUGCCUGUAAAUUAUGGCUGGAUUCUCCAGAAGGACAGGAAAAGAUAAUAAAGGCCUUCAACUCGACAUCUCGUUUUGCGAGGUUGCAACAUACUAAAACCGCAUUAGCAGGCGAUUUGUUAUUCAUCAGGUUUAUGACUACUACCGGGGAUGCGAUGGGGAUGAAUAUGAUAUCUAAAGGUGUGGAAAAUUCUUUAUCAAUGAUGAUAGAGGAGUAUGGGUUUGAAGAUAUGGAGGUUAUAUCAUUAUCUGGUAAUUAUUGUACUGAUAAGAAACCUGCUGCAAUAAAUUGGAUAGAAGGGAGAGGGAAAAGUGUUUAUGCUGAGGCAAUUAUUCCUGGUGAUGUUGUCUCAAAAGUUCUUAAAUGUGAUCCUGCAACACUUGCUGAACUCAAUAUAUGUAAGAACCUUAUUGGGUCUGCAAUGGCUGGUUCUGUUGGGGGGUUUAAUGCACAUGCAGCUAAUACAUUGACUGCAAUUUUUAUAGCAGUAGGUCAAGACCCAGCACAAAAUGUCGAAAGUUCGAACUGCUUGACGUUAAUGAAUGAAGUUGAUGGUAAUUUGAAAAUAUCUGUAUCGAUGCCUUCGAUAGAGGUUGGAACAAUUGGUGGUGGAACAAUCCUUGGACCCCAAAGUGCCAUGUUAGAUCUAUUGGGUGUUCGUGGCCCCAACCAGGAAAAUCCAGGUGAAAAUGCUAGGUUGUUGGCUAAGAUUGUUGCGUGCUCAGUCAUGGCGGCAGAGCUAUCAUUAUGUGCAGCCUUGGCAACGGGACAGUUAGUUAAGAGCCACAUGAUUCAUAACAGGAGGCAAGAUGCAGAGGUUAAGCAAACUCACCAUAACUAA